GACUUUGACAGAAGGAUCAAUGACCUGAAGCUGAAAUUUAGGACAUAUAUGGUCGAAUGUUGUGUUGACUGGGUAACUUUUUUUUACGUUCAUUUAAACAUUGCGCAGCUCUUGAAAUUUCUGUCAUGCGAAAUUCUCAUAUAUUUAUUGGAUUUUUUGCAAGCGUCUGUUAUGCUCCCCAUGAUAUUUGCUCAUGAUUUUGGGGACCAACUCGGGCAAUAUGCGACUAUGGUAGAUUCUAAAAACAAUAUCUUUGAAAUAUUGGUUGAGAGGAACAACCAAGGAAUCUACCUCACAAGGGGAUGGGGUGCGCUUUCUGAUUUUCACAAUUUCAAAUUGGGUUCAUGGAUAACGAUUGUCUUUGUUGGUGAUGGAAGGUUCAACAUAAGAGUACAAAACAGGUUUGGCAAAAAGAUCCGUUGUCCCGAGUUUUCACCUCCAAUGCAGUUUUUGGUUGAUAGGAAUGCUAUCCCUAUUACUCUGUUCAAUGUUGUGCCAGCUCCGUUUGCCCAUGAUGAGCUUAACUUCCAACACACAUACGAUAAGAGGCUUGAUUCUGAUGAGAUGAACGACGGAUUCUUGAAUCUUGCUUAUGUUGGAUUUUCUCAGAUGUGUUUGGAUACAAGUUCUGCUGCUCUGAAGUUGUUUGAUGAGCAUGGGAAUAAGUGGACAUGCACUCUCCAGUUUGUGCCGGGCAAUGAUGCUCACUUUAAGAUUGGUGGUGGUUGGAACACAAUGCUCAAGGCUAGAAGACUUAAAUCUGGUGCAAGGGUUGUUUUAGGAGCCCCUGGAGUUGGUUCAAAUGAGACAAUCUAUUUUAUUGUAAUUCGUCGCUGAGUUGUUUUGUGAUUUGAUGACCGAAGUCUGUUAGCA